GCCCCUUGUCAUCUGCAUACCGUGCUGCAGUCCUGGAGCUCAAGACAAGACGUGUUUCACCCUCGCUUGAAGCCAUGAGCCAGAGUGCCUUGGACGGGUUCUUCGGUGGAAAGGGUAGUGAGCCAGAGCUCGACACUCAGCAAGAAGACACUCAAGAAGUGGAGGUAGUUCAGGAAGUCCCGGAGCCUCAAGAGCCUGAAGCUAGCGAGGGUGAGGCUGCACCCAAGGCCAAGGCCAAGGCCAAAGCCAAGGCCAAGGCCAAGGCCAAGGCCAAAGCCAAGGCCAAGGCAAAGGCGAAGGCCAAAAGCAAGGCCGCCGAGGAGCCUAAAGCAAAGGCCAAAGGCAAGGCGGCAAAGUCCGAGAAGUCCAGCGAGGACGAGAAGGCGGGCGACGAGGCCGUGGCGAAGGAGGAGAAGCAGCAGGAGUCGAGCCAGGAGCACGAGCAGGACGAGAAGGCCGACAGCGACAGCAAGGCCACCAAGCCCCAAGCCAAGGCCAAGGCGAAGGCCAAAGCCAAGGCCAAAGCCAAGGCCAAGGGCAAGGGAAGCACGGUCGAAGAGCCGAACCCCCCCCGACAACGGUACGGAGAAGAAAGCAGCAAGGCGAAAAAGUCUCGCUCGGACCAGGACCGUGAGAAAGCGGCGAAGCUGGGCGACCUGCAGCUUUGCAACAGCGAGCCCCAGCCGCCUGCCGGGCAGGGGGAAAGCAGGGACAAGAACAAGGCAUGGUGGUUCUCGAAGCACUUGAGCACCAUGCCGGACGAUAUCCAGAAGUUGUUUCUCUCUGAGAAAGUGUCACGGGCCGACAAGACGAAGCUCAUCAAUGGUGCGGUUGAGAAGAAAUCCGGGGGCAAGGCCGGCCAGAUGUACAAGCUGAACACCGAGUCCGCCGUGCUCCAGCAGCUGAGCACCUUCUACAAGAAGGUUUGUGGCAAGGACAAGGUGAAGGGCAAACCCAGAGCACUGAUGGUGGCCAAGCUGGGAGGGGAGGAAGCUUUCAAGAAAGCUCUGGCCACCGGGGAUGUGUAUGAGGUGAACAACAAUGGUUCCUUGUUCUACUGCUUCAGAGAGAUCGUCGUCACCAAUGAGACUGGCACCAACAAUAGGAUGUCGACAUCGAAGCUACGGAAGCCCGACCAGAGCAUCACCGACUCCGCCGCCGAGGGAUUCGACAGCUUCUUCGCAAACUUCCAACCAUGCCUGGAACCGGACCGUGCUGCUGGAUGUGGCUCAGAGCUCCAGGGUGGCCUUCUGGCUUUGUGUGACAAACCGGGAGCAGAGAGCUGGACUGCGGAAGCUAGUACGAAGGUGGAGGAAGCCUUGCAGUGGGCAAAUGCCACGAGGAUCAGUGUUUCCAAAGUGCUUUCAAAGGAGACGGCAGCUUUGAGCAAAAGCUCGGUGUGGACGACCCUCAAGGGCCAGCUCCAGAAGGCUUGGGAGGACUUGAUGCCCUUGCACUCGGAUCUCGAGAAAGCGAAGCUCUUCAAGAACCUUUCGCUUGCUGAGCUGAGGUCGCUGUUGCAAAAGGCUGCAACUGGCCUGCUCGCAGCCCAGGAUUUGAUCAAGGGCAUGACUGCCCUCAUUUGA